CCGUUGGACUUUAAAUACCUCCCCGAGUCAUUGAACUCCAAAACUCACAUCUUCAACCUUUCUCUUCAUUUUGUCAUCCCACCUCCUAAUCAUCAAAGUUUGAUCAGAGAUUUAUCUCUACCUAGACGAGUAUAUAUGGGGUGGUGGCUAAAGUACUGCGGCCUUUGGACAAUAAUGACCAUCAUCGUUUCUUUAGUUCAGGCUGAAGAUCCCUACCGUUUUUUCGACUGGAGGGUCACUUACGGCAACAUUUAUCCACUUGGCAUUCCUCAAAGGGGAAUUCUUAUAAACGGACAAUUUCCUGGACCGGAGAUUUACUCAGUCACCAAUGACAAUCUGAUCAUCAAUGUUCACAACGAUCUCGACGAGCCCUUUCUCUUGUCUUGGAACGGUGUACAGCUGAGGAAGAACUCAUACCAAGAUGGAGUGUAUGGGACUACUUGUCCAAUCCCACCGGGCAAGAACUAUACUUAUGUCAUCCAAGUGAAAGACCAGAUCGGUAGUUUCUUCUACUUCCCUUCCCUCGCCUUUCACAAAGCCGCUGGUGCUUUUGGUGGCCUCCGUGUCCUCAGCCGCCCUCGCAUCCCCGUCCCUUUCCCUGAACCCGCCGGAGAUUUCACCUUCCUCAUCGGCGAUUGGUACUCUCACCAUGACCACAAGAAUUUGAAGGCACUUUUGGAUAGAGGUCACAGGCUACCCUUGCCUGAUAAGGUUUUGAUCAAUGGGAAUGGUGUCAACUUUUCUUCUUCUCUCACCGUUGACAAAGGUAAAACGUACAGAUUCAGAAUAUCGAAUGUUGGGCUUCAACACUCGCUAAAUUUCAAAAUAGUAGACCAUCAGAUGAAGCUCGUUGAGGUUGAGGGAACCCACACGAUCCAGUCCAUGUAUUCCUCACUCGACAUUCACGUUGGUCAGUCUUACUCUGUCCUGGUCACCAUGGACCAGCCUGAGAAAGACUAUUCCAUCGUAGUUGCCACUAGAUUUGCCGCCAAGAAGAUCCUGGUCGGAUCUACUCUUCACUACUCCAACUCCAGACAAAGCCUCUCUUCUGCUUCUCUCUCUGCUAUGGGGCCUGCCGAUGAACUAGACUGGUCUAUCAAACAAGCUCGAUCCAUUAGGACCAACCUGACAGCGUCCGGGCCAAGGCCCAACCCUCAGGGCUCGUACCAUUAUGGACUAAUCAAUAUCUCUAGGACUUUAGUACUAGAAAGCUCAGCAGCCCUCGUGAAGAGGAAGCAACGCUAUGCCAUAAACGGCGUGUCGUUUGUGCAUUCGGACACUCCGCUGAAGCUGGCGGAUUACUUUAACAUCAGAGGUGUUUUCAAAAUGGGAAGCAUCCAUGACCAGCCGAGAAGAGGAGAAGGAGGGGGGAUAAGGCUGGACACGGCAGUGAUGGGAGCAAACCACAGGGCGUUUAUUGAGAUUGUCUUUCAAAACCGCGAGAAGAUCGUUCAGAAUUACCACCUAGAUGGAUACAGCUUCUGGGUUGUUGGAAUGGAUAGAGGAACAUGGUCACAUGCGAGCAGACGAGAGUAUAACCUCAUGGAUGCUGUUUCUCGCUCAACUACUCAGGUGUAUCCAGAAUCAUGGACAGCCGUAUAUGUGGCAUUGGAUAAUGUGGGGAUGUGGAAUCUAAGGAGCGAGUUCUGGGCGAGACAAUACUUAGGUCAACAGUUGUAUCUACGAGUUUACUCUUCGGUUCACUCUCUCAGAGAUGAAUAUCUUGUGCCCAAGAAUGCUUUAUUGUGUGGUCGAGCCUCCAACAUGCAGAGACCCAUCAUCACUCCGUAGAUCACAUUUAUAUUACGUACUUCAUCCACACCAAUCUAUAAUAGAGUUGAUUAACCACUAUCAUUUAGAUAUAUAUUCUGUUUGGAAAUAAAUGACAAGUUAUGCAUAAUUCUUUACCAAAUAGCUCUAUUUGUAUUAUUUAAAUACUAUAUACUUGAAAUUCAUUCAUUUCAAAAUGUAUUCUUA